AUGACCAACAAGCGCUCCAUCACGCCGCCCGGCUCCUCUUCCUCUGCUUCAGAGAGCACGUUGAGUCUCGCAACGGUGGUGACUAGCAGCACGGAGUCUGGCUCCUCACUCUCUUACGUCAAGCAAUCGCUCCAGCCGAACGAUGCCUCCUCAACGUUCAGUCAAGAAGAGUCUGCCUGGGACAAGGCGAGCAUCUUCUCGGCUUCAUCGAGGCAGCACAUUCUCACUCAGCCUCACCUGACCUCCAGACCUCAUGCUCCGAGCGGCAUGGUCGCUGCUCAGGCUUCGUCCCUUGCUCGAACUGGCACGCAGCCCCUUGCGUACGAUGAGGAUGUAGCAGCUUUCCUACGAAGGCACGGUGCUGGUGGAGCGAUGAGCUAUGAGGGUGCAAACUUCAAAUUCAAGCCCGCCAACGCUCAAGAAAAAAAAGGAGCAAAGGAAAAGCACGGAAGAGGAAGGCGAUGA